GGAUGCCCAAUUCCCCAUGUCUUGACAUGGGCGCUGGAAGCGUGGUGGAUAAGCGGCGGGUCUCACUCUCAGAGGGGCUGGUGGUACAAAUCAUGCAGAAGAAGAGGGGGUCUCUUGCACGGCCCCACUUCCCGACAUGAGUGUCGCCGUCAUCCUCCUUGGUCUCUGCUUCGUGAUAGUGCUGGCACGGCCAGUCUGGCAAGCAUACUCGAGACUUCCUGAACUUUCAGGCCCGACGCCGUCGAGCGUGGUGCUGGGCUAUAGGUAUGACCUGCACAGUGCUCCUGCCGGAAGCCUGUUCAGUCGCUGGAGAAGCAAGUAUGGGCCGGUGUACAGAGUUAGAGGACCUUUCGGGACCACUGAGCUAGUUAUGGGGGAUCCGAAGGGUGCUUCCCAUGUCCUUGGCACAUACAGCUUCAUACGGAACGAGUCUAAUCGUGCGCUGCUUUGGGAGUUGUUCGGCCACUCGAUAUUCACAGCUGAAGGUGCUUUCCACAAGCAGCAAAGAGCAGUGCUCAAUUCUGCCUUCACCUCUGCCAAUGUUCGCGAAGUCUCUGGCGUUAUUCUCGACCUCGCAAACAAGCUGCGGGAGAAUUGGGAGAACAGGCUUGGCAAAGCAGCUUCAUCUUCACUGAUCAUUGACGUCAGCCAUGAACUACAGACUCUCGCGAUCGACGCGAUCAGUAUGACGACGUUCUCCUACGCGAUCUCGGAGAACGCUCCUCUAUCUUCGCUGCUAUCCAAGAUCGCCAAUGUACCUUUGACAAAGGCCGCGCUCGUUGCAGAGUCUUUCGUCGAGGCGUUCCCAGCGAUCUGGAAACUCCCCAUUCCGAUCAAACAAUGGCCGCGCAUGAUGAAGGCAGAGUUGGGCAAGAUUGCGGACCGGGUGUGGAAGGACAGCGAGAUCGAGGGCGUGACGGGUGGCGGGAUGCAUUCGAAGCUGUUGGAAGCUAUGAAUAACAGCAAGGUCUUGUCUGGGGAACCAAUGGACCGAGACCUGGCCGUCGCGAAUAUUCUAGCCGUCAUCUUCGCGGGUUAUGAAACGACGGCGAGUGCAAUCGGGGAAUGCCUGCACCAACUCGCGUUACAGUCCACCAUCCAAAACAAGAUCCGGCAAGAGCUCUUCUCGUUUGCUGACGCCACGGGCAGAGACCCGACCUACGACGACCUCACCAGUGCAACACAGAUGCCAUACCUAGAUGCCGUCGCGCGGGAGACCAUGCGUACAUACCCGAUCGUGAUGAACGUCACUCGGGAGGCCAGCGUCGAGGAGAGCAUUCCUCUACAGACCCCACUCCGAUCGACGGGCGCGACGCACAUCGUAGUGAAGCCUGGACAGCUCAUCCACAUCCCCAUACGCGGUGGCAUCAACAACGACCCAGACAUUUGGGGACUCGAUGCGGAUAAGUUCAGACCUGAGCGGUGGUUGGAGAGCGGAAAGGCAGGGCUUCCGGAGACUGUGAAGACGGUUCGUGCGCCCGGGCACAUCCUGACAUUCGGUGACGGACCAAAGAUCUGUGUCGGGCGAUACUUUGCAAUGGCUGAGUUCAAGAUCGUGAUCGCGACCCUCGUGCGGUACUUUCACUUUGAGCAUGCGGGGAUCGACUACGACUUCUAUCGUUUCGGAAGCAACGCCGUGAAGCCGAAGGUGCGCGGGAAGGACGGAUUGCCUCCCAGCCUUGAACUACGAGUCAAAGCUGUCUCGGACGCAUGAGACUCUCGGCUUCAGGUGUAGGAAAGUCAUGAGAGUCACGAAGG